CACGUGGUCCGGAAGCGGCGGGACGGGGCGGGUGCAACGCAGCGCAGCAUGGACGCCCGGCCGCUGUUCCAGUCGCUGCAGGCGCUGGCGGACGACAACGCCUCCUUCUUCCAACGGAGCGGCACCGAGAGCGGCCGCCGCUUCGCCGCCGCCUUCGCCGCUCUGCGGGAGCACGGCCGGCGCCUGGAGCCCGCGCUGCGACAUUUCGCCCGCCUCUACCACCGCUUCGACCUGGACGAGGCGACGCCGGGCAACGGUUACCGCAGCCUGGUACAGACGGCGCGUUGCUGCCUGGCCCACGCCGUCCACAAGAGCCGGUACGUGGCCGCCCACCGCCGCAGCGUCUUUUUCCGCGCCGGGCACAACGUGGCCGAGCUGGAGGCGUACUGCGCCGCGCUGGCCCAGCUGCGCGCCCUGCUCUGCCUGGCCCAACGGCUGCUGGCCCACAACCGCCCCGGCUGCCUCUUCCCGCCCGAGGACGACGGCCUGAGCGAGCUGGUGCUGCGCGAGUACAGCACCAUGCACAACGGCUGCUUCUACGGCCGCUGCCUCGGCUUCCAGUUCGCCCCGUCCAUCCGCCCCUUCCUGCAGACCAUCGCCAUCGGCCUCGUCUCCUUCGGGGAGAACUACAGGCGCGACGACACGGGGCUGGGGGUGGCGGCCGGGUCCCUCUUCACCAGCGGGAAGUUCGCCAUCGACCCCGAGCUGCGGGGGGACGAGUUCGAGCGCCUGACGCAGAACCUGGACGUGCAUUUCUGGAAGAGCUUCUGGAACCUCACCGAGACCGAGCUGCUGGCGUCGGUGGCCAGCAUGACGGCCACGCAGGUGGGGGUGUGCCGGGCGCUGGCGGUGCCCCCCGAGCCCCUGGAGCUGCCGCUGGCGGCCGACCCCUCGGUCACCGUCACCAUCGCCCCCCCCGUGGCGCACACCGGCCCCGGCCCCGUCCACAUGCGGCUGCUGUCGUACCACGUGCGCGAGGGGCAGGACAGCGCGGCGCUGAGCGCCCUGACGCGCGCCGAGGGUCCGCGGGCGCCGCUGCUUUGGCGGCGGGGGCCCCCCCUGCCCCCCUCUCCCGCCCUGCUGGUGCAUUUCCACGGGGGGGGGUUCGUGGCGCAGACGUCGCGCUCCCACGAGCCGUACCUGCGGGGGUGGGCGCGCGAGCUGGGGGCCCCCAUCCUGUCGGUGGAUUACGCGCUGGCCCCCGAAGCCCCCUUCCCCCGCGCGCUCGAGGAGUGCUUCUACGCGUACUGCUGGGCGCUGCGCAACUGCCGCCUGCUGGGUUCGACGGCGCAGCGCGUGUGCCUGGCGGGCGACAGCGCGGGGGGCAACCUGUGCCUGACGGUGUCGAUGCGCGCGGCCGCGGUUGGGGUGCAGGCGCCCCACGGCAUCGUGGCCGCGUACCCCGUGACGCUGGUGCAGGCGGCCGUGUCGCCCUCGCGCCUGCUCACCCUGCUCGACCCGCUGCUGCCCCUCAGCGUGCUCUGCAAGUGCCUCAGCGCCUACGCAGGCACGGAGGGGGAGCCCGAGCCGCCCCCCCUGGAGCCCCUCGGCCCCACACGGCUGCUGCGGCGCGACACGGCCCUGCUGCUGCGCGACCUGCGGCGGGGGGCGGCCGCCUGGCUGGGGGGGCUCUUCCGCAGGGCCCCCCCCCACCCCGAGCCCGGGCGCAAGAGCAUCUCGGAGGGGGCGGGGGCAGCGCAGCAGCGGGAGGAGGAGGAGGAGGGGGAGGAGGGGGAAGCCCCCCAGGACGGCGAGGGGACCCCCGAGGACGGGGGGGACGCCCUGGAGUACCCGGACGAGUUCCAGCCCCUGCGCAGCCGGGGGCCCCCCGCCCGCUUCGACCUGCGCCCCGCGCCCCUGGCCAGGAACCCCUACGUGUCCCCGCUGCUGGCCCCCGACGGCAUGCUGGGGGGGCUGCCCCCCGUCCACCUGGUGGCCUGCGCGCUGGACCCCAUGCUGGACGACUCGGUGGCGCUGGCCCGGCGGCUGCGGGCAUUGGGGCGGCCGGUGACGCUGCGCGUGGUCCCCGAUCUGCCCCACGGCUUCCUCAGCCUGGGCCCCCUCAGCCCCGAGACCCGCCAGGCCACCGCGCUCUGCACCCGCCUCAUCCGCGACAUCCUCCACCCCCCCGGCGCCCCCCCGGACGGCUCCCGCCGUGGGUCGCUGCUGCUGGGGGCGCGGAGAGAGAGUCUGGCCCCACAGGACGGCUCCCGCCGUGGGUCGCUGCUGUUGGGGUCCCGCAGGGAGAGUCUGGCCCCACACGACAGCCCCCGCCGUGGGUCGGUGCUGCUGGGGGCACGGAGGGAGAGUCUGGCCCCACACGACAGCCCCCGCCGUGGGUCGCUGCUGUUGGGGGCGCGGAGGGAGAGUCUGGCCCCACAGGACGGCUCCCGCCGUGGGUCGGUGCUGCUGGGAGGCCGCCGCGAGAGCUUGGCGACCCACGGCGUGGGGGGCACGGCGAGCCUUGGCUCCCCAGCUGCAGCGACCCACGGCCUCAGGGCUGCAGCGACCCACGGCAUAGGGGAUGUGGGGGGCCCUGGAGCCGCCCCGACCCACGGCUCGGCGGCUGCGGCCAACCCCGGCGCGGGGGGCACAGCGACCCACGGCGACGGCACCGCCCUGACCCACGGCGGCAGCUCUGCCCCAGUGACCAGCUCCAGCACUGCUCUGACCCACAGCGUCGGGGCUGAAGGUGGCAGCGCUGCCCCGCCCCACGGCAUCGGGGCCCCCUCGACCCACGGCGCCAGCAUCGCCCCAACGGACGGCACCAGCGCCGCACUGACCCACGGCAUCGCGGCUGCCCCGACCCACUGCAACGACGCUACCCUGACCCACGGCAUUGCGGCUGCUCUGACCCACGGCACCGGCGCUGCCCUGACCCACGGUAACGACGCUGCCCUGACCCACGGCACUGGCGCUGCCCUGACCCACGGUAACGACGCUACCCUGACCCACGUUGAUGGCACUGCCCUGACCCACGGCACCGGCACCGCCCCGACCUGUGGCACCGGUGCUGUCCUGACCCACGGCACCAGCAAUGUCUUGACCCACGGCACCGGCGCUGCACUGACCCACGGUAACGACACUGCCCUGACCCACAUUGACGGCACUGCCCUGACCCACGGCACUGGCACUGCCCUGACCCACGGCACCGGCGUUACCCUGACCCACGGCACCGGCGCUGCACUGACCCACGGCACUGGCACUACCCUGACCUACGGCACCGGCACUGCACUGACCCACGGCACCGGCACUACCCUGACCCACGGCACUGGCGUUACCCUGACCCACGGCACCGGCGUUACCCUGACCCACGGCACCGGCGCUGCACUGACCCAUGGCACCGGCACUGCCCUGACCCACAGCACCGGCACUGCACUGACCCACGGCACUGGCACUACCCUGACCCACGGCACUGGCACUACCCUGACCCACGGCACCGGCGCUGCACUGACCCACGGCACCGGCACUGCCCUGACCCACGGCACCGGCGCUGCACUGACCCACGGCACUGGCACUACCCUGACCCACGGCACCGGCACUGCACUGACCCACGGCACUGGCACUACCCUGACCCACGGCACCGGCGCUGCACUGACCCACGGCACCGGCACUGCCCUGACCCACGGCACCAGCGCUGCACUGACCCACGGCACCGGCGUUACCCUGACCCACGGCACCGGCGUUGCACUGACCCACGGCACCGGCACUGCCCUGACCCACGGCACCGCCCCAGCCCAUGGGCCCACGGCCACGCUGCCCCACGGCGCGGGGUCCUCGCUGACCCCCGAGGCCAGGGCCCCGUCCCGGCGCCCCUCGGCGCAGCCCCCCCUGUGCUGUGGGGCGCUGGCGGAGGGGGCGGCCCCCACCCCCCCGGCCGGCCCCGUGGCCCCCCCUGGCCAGCGGCACAGUGGGGCCCAGCCGCUCCCCCGCCGCCCCAGCGGCCCCGCGGGCCGUGAGGUGGGGUCCUGAGCCCUGGG